CUCUUCGCGUCGUUGCCGCUUGCCAGCCUCUGCUGUGUGAUGGAGAGUGGCGGCGUGACGGCCUUGUACCAGUUCGCUGCGCACGCGCGAGCCGAGGCGCGGGCCGCCGAGGCGGCGCGCGACGAUGACGACGCCUCCUCGGCCGACCUGCCGUGCGGGCUCAGCGUGCAGCAAGUCCUCCGGCAGUUCAAGGCGCUUCCCGCUGCCGAGGAGCGCGCCUGGCAAGCCAAGGCGGUGGCGGAGCAGCGGCGCUUUCUGGCGGAGUGCACCGCAGCGCUCGAGGCGGAUCCCGACGCGGAGGUCCGCUACCAGUGCGAGGCGCCGCCAGGCAUCACCACAGAUGACACCGCCACCGCGUUUCCCAACGCAGCGAUGCGCCGUAUCAUCAAUCUCGCCGAGGACGGGAGCGGGGCGCGCCACUCCGCCGACGCGCUCUUCAUCACGGCCAAGGCGGCGGAGCUCUUCAUGACGCGCCGCCUGUGGGACGCCCGCGCGGUCUGCGUCGGCGCGAAGCGAAGCAAGAUCCUACCCGGCGACCUGCUGCAGGCGAUGCGCGAGGCACCGAACCGCGCGCCGCUGCAACACCUGCUCGAUGAGUUCGAGCCCCCGCGCGACGAUGCCCCCAAGCCCAAGCCCAAGCCCAAGCCCAAGCGGCCCGCGUGGGAGAAGCGGACGGCAAAGGAGUUUGAGGCGGUCAUCGAGGGCUGCGGCAAGGCGGCCGGCGGCAGCCAGUCUCGUGGCCGGGGACGGAAGGGUGAGCAGGCGACGGCAGACGCGACGGCCAAGCGCGGGCGCAGCCGGGCGCAGGGGGGGGCGGCCGAGGAAGAGGAGCUGGCUGCCAAGGCGGCUCGGCCCUCGAGCCGCAACUCUGCGAGGGCGGCGGCCUGAGAGGCCGGAUGGACGAGUCCAGAUCCGUCAUUCCUGAUGGAGGCGAUGGCGGCUCGAGGCGGGCCGCCCGCGCAGAGUGCGCUGCAACGCUAAUUAAGCGGAUCGUGACGGCUCUGUGGGCACUCAAUACGUAGCGCAUAAAGCAAAGACCAAAGU